AUGAACAAUACAAUAUUAGUAACAUCCGAACAUAAGAAAUCAGACCUGAUUGAAGCGUUUUACGGAAGACCUGCUUUGAAAAUUCAACCAAUUCGAGCACAUUCAGAAAGACAUCGAAUUGUAACUUGUGCAUCAAUAAUAAAUAAAUCAAAUCCAAUGAACACAACAAUAACAGGUAAGUCUUUUUUAUUUAGAAAUUACAUACAAACAAAAAAAAAAACGAAAAAAAAAAUAAAAACCUAUUAAAUUAGCCAUACUCAAAUCAAUUUCAAUGGGCUCAUUUGUCAAUCUUCCUUAUGAGGAACUACCGGGAGAAAUUUUCAAAUAUUUGAGGCAAUUCGAAAAAUCUGGGAAAUUACGAUUGGAUGCGAAUCCAUUGUCAAGAUAUCCGAUUGUCAAAUCUGAAUUGAAAUCAGAAUUAGCGCAACUUAACUGUAUGCUGAUGUAUAGGUAAGGGAACUUAUUCAUAGCAGGUAGAAAAUAUGAAAAUAAAUAAAAGUUUUUGCAGGUCGACGGCGAAGUUUCUGAUAUUCCAGGAUAUUGAUCAAAUUGUGACACCACUUCUUGGACAUCAAAGUUAUUUUGCAGAAUUUUCGAAAUUCCCCGAGUUUUCAAUUAUGCAAUAUAACGCGUUUAUUAAUACUACCCAUGGUUAUGAAAUCAAAAUCGGAUCCACGAAAACAUAUAUUUUGAGAACACCAUUUGAUCUCAAUUCAGAAAUCACUCCGAUGUUUAGCGACAGAUUGAAUAAAAUGAGAAUAUCUUUGAAGAGAGAUGAAACAAAUAUCAAAACUUGUGAUAAUUCUUGGAAUUGUGAUUCGAAAAAAUGUGUUGGAGCUGAUGUGAUUCAUCGAAGUUUACAUGCAUUGUAUUCUUAUAAUUUGCAUCAAACAAAAUUUAGACAAUUUAGAAGUUUUGAUUGUUCUUCAUAA